AUGUUUGAUGUGGUGUGGACAGAUCCUGGUAGGGAAACAGUUGGCGCAAGGAGGGACCGUCGCAAGUUCCCAAACGAGGCAGAGAACUCCAGCAAGCGAAGUGCAGCUCCAAGCGGCCGGUCUUCGGUGUCGACGACUAGCUCCAUUUCAACACAUAGCAGCGAGAACGUCUUCUCUCUGUUCAAGGGAAUCGGGUUCAAGAAGUCCAUGUCAACCCUUGGUAAACCCAGAUCCAUCGCCGAUUCUACCUCCAGCCAGGACCAGAGUAUGAAGGACAAUCGUGAGUCUUCGGUGCUGUCGCCCAUCCCAUCCCUGGCGGGAGAGGAGGAUCGAUCGGCAGCAUCGAUGGAGUCAAACAAAGCCAAGCACGAGAACUCGCCGGACAUCAACAUUACUUCCCCCGGGCGACCCAGCGGCUCUGAAGGAGGAGUUUCGACUUUGCCAAAGGGAAAAGAGAACGUCAGAGACGUGUCCCAAGAAACUGCGCAAGCAACCGCGCAAGCAACCCCAAGUCCCUUGGUGAAGAAGCAAGGUGCCAAGUCUCGUGUUACUCAGACUCUUGGACCCCAUUCAACUAUCACACAGACGACCAAGGUCGUGGUAGAACCUCGGACUCCUGAACAGCCCAUCAACGGCCCUGUUUCAGGCAUAAGAAUCUCUGCGAAACAUACCAAGAGAAACAUGACACCCAGCACUGCUAACCGACCCAUUUUCUUCACUCCUCGAGGACCUCAAGAGCCUCAGCAACCUGUUGCGUCUGCGUCUGCCCAAGAUAGCUUCAGCUCACCUCUGCAUCCUUUGUUUCGGCCCAGCUUGCGCAUAACGACCACUGAUUCCGACACUAUUCCCGAAGACUCUGGACCAUGGCAGCCUCCGAAGUCUUGGGAAUCGAAAUUGUCAAGUGCUAGCUCUCCCACCGCAAUCAAGGACAUGGCGGCCAACUCCGAUGUUGUACCCGCUGCAGAAUCCAAAAAAUGGCAGCCUCCAGAGUCUUGGAACUCGAAAUUGCCGAUUGCUGACUCUUCAAUCGCAAUCAAGGACCGGGCGGCCGAUUCCAACGCUGUACUUGAAGACUCAGAAAAAUGGCAACCUCCAAAGUCUUGGAAUUCGACACUGCCAAGGGCUAACUCUCCGAUCCCAAUUGAGAAGCCGGCGACUGAGACCGAUGCCAUACCCGCAGACUCCGAAAAGUGGCAGCCUCCAAAGUCUUGGAACUCGAAACUGUCGAGUGCCAACUCCCCGAUCUCAACUGAGAAGCCGGCGACCGAUACCGAUGUCAUACCCGCCGCAACCUCGGAAAAAUGGCAGCCUCCAAAGUCUUGGAACUCGAAAUUAUCGAGUGCCAACUCCCCAACCUCGAUUGAAGACUUGGUGUCUUAUACCGAGCAGAAAACGCAAGACAUGUCAACGGACUUGGUUUCCCUGCAGAGAGAAAUCAGAAGAAUGGCGGCAGCUGGACCUCAACUGAUCCUGAGCCGUCUAAUCGAAGAAUGGGGAGUAUCUGCGGAUGCUUCGUUGUACAAGGAAUUGGAAAUGGAGAGAAAGAGGUGGAUGCUGUCGGCUCUAAUGAACAGAAGCCUUGAAGACAUGCCACACAAAUCAAAGGCACCCAAGGAAGAGAGACUGGUUCGAAAAGUGCUGGCUCUGUUUGAACCUCCCGCAAUCACAUCCUAUGUUGCUGCCAUCCAUUCUGAGGUACCGGUCUACCAUAUGGCGCCGACACCUCUUUCGCACAACCUUUUUCCCAACAUCAAGCCGAUUGUAUCGCCGACCAUUCCGCACUCGACGUUGUCGGUUGCUCCCAACUUCUUCGACAUUGUUCAUUGCCUUCGGCUCCCCGCUUUGGUGCCAGCGUCCGAGUUGCCCCAGCUCUUGAGGAACAUUGGCAGGACUUUGACGAAGACUGGGGUGCUGCAGCUCGUCCUCAUCGACCCGACGCCCGUUGCGUCAUCGAUGGGGCCACACCUUCAGAAGUGGAUGCAGGAUCAUCUCCUGAUCAACAUGGAGCGCCAGUUCCGUUGUAUGAGUCCGACAAGGCUGCUUCCCUUUUGGCUCUCCGAGGCCAAGUUGAGAGGACCUCAGAGUGAUGUGCACACUAUCGCAUUCCAGGCCGUGCCUGGCGCCAGAGACGACGAUAUGACAUUCGACGUCGGCAGUAGCCAGAGUCGGAAGUCGGAAGAGCGUAUCAGGAACCUCGCGCGAACCGAAGUUGGCCGGCUCUUCUGGCAGGAGGUCUGGGGCCAGUACGUCACCGCCAAGAGGUGGUGGUGGGAGGAGCCCAAGUGUGUUGCCGAGUGCCACGAGCUCGGCACCCACUGGGAGUACAAGAUCCUCGAAGCCGGCAGGGAGUCUUGA